UCGCUUAUGAGUGAGGAACAGCAGAAUUUACCGAGGCUCCUGCGAGCAUCAUAUGAGUACCGGGACAGAGAAAGAAUCAGCGCUCCAUCACAGCGCUCACGGGUGGGUGGUACAGCCAAGCCCCUCCUUCAUCGGUAGUUAGAACUUGGACCUCCCUGGUCCUCACUGAGAAGCAGUAUUUAUGGUCCUCAUGGCUCCAACCUCCUGAGAUACAUCUUUCUGAGUCAGUCCCUGGUACUGUCCCAACAUGAAUCCCGGAUUUUUUCUCAUCCCCAGGCAUCUCCUAUGGAUGCUACUAGCCCCUCCGUUGAUGGUGGUCACAGGCUGUGAUGAAGCGAUGUACACUCAUGUGCUGAAGGAAUUUUGUCUGCAGCAAUUCGAAAUAGAAAUGGAAGACCUGGGUAAAAGGCUGUGGUGUGACUGGGGAGACACAAUGGGGAUUUAUACAGAUGUCACAAACUGUACAGUUCUGUUGGCUGAGAAACUAGGCUGCUUCUGGCCCAACCACGUAGUGGAUCAUUUGUUCAUGGGUAUCCACAAAAAGUACUUUAGGAACUGCUCUGUGACAGGACGGCUCCCAGCAGACCCUCCUUUUCCAAUACUAUGCUCAGUCCUUUUUGUUCCCAUCCUUAUAACUGUCCUCAUGACAGCCCUCGUUGUGUGGAGAAGCAAGCGCAGCGAAGGGAUCGUUUGAAAACAAAUAAGCUCUAUGCUCCCUCUAGAGUCCCUUCUAGAUUUUCUACUCACUCCCAAAUUUGGGCAAGAGAAGAAAAACAAUAUCUACAUUUUGCAGUCUGUCUGGAUUCAAAGUUACUAAAUUACACCUAAAAGGCACAUUUAAAACCUUUUGGAAGUAUCAGGGAUGGUGGCGUUCAACACUUCCUUCUAGGAUAUUUCUUAAUGGCUGUCUCUUAUCAUGGAUCUGGUGUUAAAACUGCUGCUGCUGCAUGUCUAUCGUUACUGGUGACAUCCAAACCCCACUGGCAAGAAAUCAUUCGCAAAAUGGACCCAGAGAUUGUGCUUUUCCAUUGGAACAACAAACAGAGAAGAUAGUAUAGCCUACCAAAAGUAUAAAACGUCCUGUGCCUCCAAGCCCUCUCUUGGCUGGGGUGGAACAAGUAAUUGUGCAGAAGUUCGAUUAUUAAAAGUGGCAUUUAGAUUACAAUGUUCUAGAACUAUCCUUUAAACUGCUGGCCUUAAUUGUCUGUGUGCCACAACCUCACCAAGAAAGUUAAAGGACACUAUAGGUCAUGAAGACUGAAUGUGCAACCAGGCUCAUGACACAGAAGGGCAUAAUGAUUAUCCGUAUCAUAAGAUGUGGCAAUAACAUAAGGCAGAGAUAUUUACUGGUGGGAAGAGAAUUAACUUGCAGAACAUCCUGCCUCCAUAGUUACCAUAAUAAAUACUGAUCGUGACAGCUCAGAAUGUCAGUAGUUGAUUUGUGUUGAAAUGCAGCUUUAUUUAAAAAAAAAAUCUGAAGAUGUUAAGCUGAAUAAGCUCAUGACCAUUUUAUUCGUCUAUCAUUUUUUACCAUGAUUCCAGAAAAUGUCCCACCUCUCUUACUGUAAUCAUAUAAUCUUCAUCCUCUGGGCUGAGAGUGUGACCUGCUGAAUGGUCCACUACUUCUAGCGAUGGAACAGAAACUUUCUUUAUUCAAGCACAGCUUCCUCUAUUGUUUUUUGUCUGUUGUUUUGCUGCUGCAUAGUUCAGGGAACGUAUUUGUGUUCCUCACUAUUUUGUAAUAUGCAAUGUGUACAUCUUUUUACAGAAUGUCCUAAAUCAUUUGUCCUAGUGUAUAAUAAAUGUGAUCUCCUACUAAA